CGGUCCCGCGGCCCGCCACAGCCUGCGGGAGGGACGCUCGGCGGCCGCGACGGGGGGCGCUGGCGGCGGCGGACGCUGCAGCGGCGGCGGGGCUGGCGCCGCGGCGGCUCCCAGGCCGGGACGGGCCUGGGCACCGGGCGGAGCUCCGCGGCCGGGCGGCAGCGGCGCGGAGUGGGCACAGCGCCUGCAGCCGGGCCCCGGCCCCGGGGGCGCCGCCUCCGCCCGCGGCUUCUGCACGGCUGGCCUGCCGCUCCUCCUGCUAUGAUGCCUGGGCAGAUCCCAGACCCUUCUGUGACAGCGGGCUCUCUGCCAGGGCUCGGUCCCCUCACCGGACUCCCCAGCUCUGCCCUGACUGCAGAGGAGCUGAAAUACGCUGACAUCCGCAACCUCGGGGCCAUGAUCGCACCCUUGCACUUCCUGGAGGUGAAACUGGGCAAGAGGCCCCAGCCCGUGAAAAGUGAGCUAGACGAGGAAGAGGAGCGAAGGAAAAGGCGCCGGGAGAAGAACAAAGUCGCAGCGGCCCGAUGCCGGAACAAGAAGAAGGAGCGCACGGAGUUUCUGCAGCGGGAAUCCGAGCGGCUGGAACUCAUGAACGCCGAGCUAAAGACCCAGAUCGAGGAGCUGAAGCAGGAGCGGCAGCAGCUCAUCCUGAUGCUGAACCGGCACCGCCCCACCUGCAUCGUCCGGACCGACAGCGUCAAGACCCCCGAGUCAGAAGGCAACCCGCUGCUGGAGCAGCUCGAGAAGAAGUGACCAUGGGCUGGGAGGAGGAAGAGGACGAGGAGGAGGAGGAGGAAGAAAAGAGACGAAGAGGGGGGAGGAGGGGGCUCCCAGAGGGCCCUUCCUUGGUGCAUGACAAACUAUGCGAUGAGGUUCAGCACAGCCAGCGUCAGCCGGGCUUUUUUGUGAAACUCAGAUCAGCCACACCAGGGGAAGAGCGGGCUGAAGAAUCCCAGAGGGACCAAGCGCUGAGACCAAAGUCGACCUGGGGGUAGGGCUGUCCUGCCUGGGGCCCAGCUUGAAGGAGGCAGGACAGAGGCGCCUGGGCCAGAGAGAUGCCCAACCUCGGGCACAUCUCCAGCCUCUCCGCCAGGACACCCGCCCGAGGGACCUCCGAGCAGCCAGGAAAAGCCAUGAGUUGCAACCAAAAUGCGGCUGAGGAUGGAACUCAGAAUGCAACUGCAAUCCUCCUGCCCCGCCCCUGGUGCCUCGCUGGAGAGGGGCGUGCUGGGACCCUGACACCUGCCUGCCUCGGUCCAGUGCGGCCCUGCCCGGGACGCGGCAGCUGGGCGCACCCUCGCCGGCCCUGCUGGAGUUUGCUGUGGGCACUGAGGCGCGGGCGCCCUUCCAAAGCACAUACUCACUGAAUGUUUACAGACUGGCUGUCCGAGCAGGGCUUUCAACUGCACAUGUUUUUUAUACUUUUUUUUUUUAAUAUUUUUUACAAAAAAAAAGAUUUUAUACAAGCAAUAUAUAUAUGGAUUUCUAUAAUCACUCGAUGUGAUACAGUAUAAAUAUGCUAUGGUUUGUUUGUUAAGAACAGAUAUCCAGCAGUUAUGGCCGUUGUGUGUAACUUCUAAGUACUGUAGUCUCUGGGUGUCGGGGUGGCCGGGGCGGGGGUGGGGGUGUUUCCAUCCUUGUAAACCCUUCAUAGUACUCAGUCCUGUAUCGCUCAGUAAACAUCGCUCUUACUUA